UUCCGUCCCGCUCGCACAAAUAACAUGGAGGAUCGCUGUAGAAACUGACUUGAGCGUAUUUGCCUUUGUUUACGUGUUGAAUUAAUGAAAGCAGAAAACUGUGGAUAUAACAAGUGCGCAACGAAACAUCCUUCUUUGGGUUAUGAGAUUUCUACAAAGACAUUCUUACAGAGUUACUGCGGAAGACUAAAAUUUGUGAAAUGAAUAACGGAGACAUCGGGGGGUCCAGAGGCAGAGGCCGCAGUUGGCAGCAGCCAGAAAACCAGCCGCGGGAGCUUCGGCGCCCGAAGAACGUCGUCGAGGAUGCUAAAGUGGAGGCACCUAAGUCGAACCUGUCUGCGGAGGCGAAGGAAUGGUACCCGCCGAACUACACCCCGCAGACGUAUGCUGCCGACCCAGCCCCCUAUCGGCCCCAGAGGUUCUCUGUGCAGGACCGCCUGCGGCAGGCACAGGACCAGAACCCGUACAACUUCGACAACAUGAACUACUCGCUUGAGGAGGCUGAGAACAUGGACUUGAGGGAGAACAUCGGCAACCUGAUAACCGUGAUGUGCGAGAUAACCUUCGACCCGGGCAAGUUCGACACCCUGUGCGGACCGCUGGUUGACUCGUUCGCCUCCAUGCUGCACGAGCGCAGUUACACGAGGGCGCUCAUCGACGCCAUCGUCAACCAGUCGAUCGGGGAGCCCAAUUUCCGCUACAACGGCGCCCGUCUCUGCUCCAUGUACGACUCGCUCGCGCCGCCGGAGGAGUCCACCUUCCGGGCGUGCCUGCUCGAGCGCUGCUCCGCCGAGGAGAACAAGAUCAUCACCGGCCUCGAGGGCUCCGAGGAGAACGUGCGAGGGUUCGCCAUGUUCCUGGCGGAGAUCUACACCCAGCUAGAGGACAGCCAGGGCGGGCGGAUCCGGUCGCUCGGCGAGAGCCUGUGCAAGGUGCUGCUGCACCUCCUCGACACCGACAACGAGCCCAACAUCAAGUCCGUGUGCCAGCUGCUCAAGCUUUCAGGCAUAGCCCUGGACGCGGACUGCCCGGGCGGCAUGCACGCCAUGUUCGAGCGGCUCAAGCGCCGGGCCUCCCUGCCCGCCGUGCGAGCUGUACUAGCGCUCCGCCAGGGCCGCUGGGGGCUCACCGAGCCCAACCGAGGUCGUUUAGGUACAGUGACGAACGGCGACGGGCCGGGCUCGGGCGACGCGGGGGGAGGGCCGGCGGGAGGCGGGUUCCUGGCGGACGGGCACUCGCUCACGGCCGAGGAGUGCGCCUUCCUGCAGAGCAACCUGCCGCCCAAGGCCGCCGCGCUGGAGGACGACAUACUUGAGGAACUGGAGAACGACGCCUGGGACACCGGCAUGGAUGCCGAGAUGCAGGCCGGCUUCCUGGAGUUCCUCAAGAUGUCCAACCAGAUCAACCGAUAACCGAGGUCCGGUGUGAGAACUAAAAAAAAUAUAAAACACAAAACUACUUAUAAAAAGAUUUAUCCCUAGAGCGACCAAGUUUGUAAUCACUCUAGAAGUUGGGAAAGAUUCUUCAAUGUUUCGAUUACUUUGCGAGGUGAAUAUGUUUUGACUAGAGAUGCAACGGAUAGUUGUUUGGCCGGAUACCGGAUAUUCGGCCUGAUCAUCGGCCGGAUAUCCGGUACCCGGCCGCAGAAUAUUCGGCCGGCGAAAUUAUACCUACAUUUCGGUUUCUCAGGUGCGCAUUGUGCAGGCUUUGAUCUGUUUCGUAGUGAAAGUUCGUAUAGACUCAUUUCUAUGUUCGAAAAUGAGUGUGCGUGCAAUAUUGGAAUAUUUAAAAUGUUUUAAAAUAAUAAACGAGUAUGAUUAUUGAUUAUGACCAUGACGGUUUCUUAAAUCCAAUUUGUUGACUCCAAAAUCAAGCAAAAUUACUAUCCGGUAUCCGGCCGGAUAUUAAAAAGAGGGCCAGAUAGGCCGGAUACCGGAUACUAACCGGAUAUCCGGUGCAUCUCUAGUUUUGACACAAUCCCUCUGGUAACCUAGGUCUAUUGUGUGAGCUAAAAAAAACACAAAAUAAAUGCCUUUAACAGAUGAAUAAAGCCAGAAAUAUCGUAGUCCACGCCAUCUUUGAACCGACUCGGCAAACGAUUGUGUGAAAGUGCCACCGUAAACGUGAAAUCCUAGGAAAAUAUUGAAUAGAUAUUAUGUUUAUAGUAGCAUUGACAUACGUUAAAGUAAGAACGCUAAGCACGAAGAAUAACGUACAUUGACCCCGCAUGUUCCUAUCUAACGCAUAUAAUUAUUUUGCUUUCCCGCCCAUGAUGCCGGCGGUCAAUGCCACUGUGCGAGCGGGACCGCAAUAAAUUUAUGCGCGUGCGAUAGAGAUAGGAACAGGCGGGUCAAUGUACGAUAUUAUUCAUGCUUAGCGUCCUUACUUUAGCUUAGAAGGACUACUUGGAGGGCCCUACGUACCCUUUAGCUAAGUGUUUUAUGCGCCAUCUAUAUCUAUAAGAUUAAAACUUGAGAAACUUGAAAAAAGUUUUAUUCCCGCGCCGCUAGAUGGCGCCUUUUAGAGUGGUUAGACAAUUGGACAUUAUUUAAGAGCUUUUUAAUUUUAAACAUCGUGCUUUUUUUCUUGGAUAGCAUAAUAGGAUUGUCGAUGCAGUACAUACGUUAUACAUGUUGACGGACUUACUGUGGGAUUUACGUGUAAAUAUAAGUAUCUAUUGAAUAUUGAGAAAUUGAUAAUGACAUAAAAUAUCUUUAAUCCAUCCGGCGUUUGGUUUUUUCCAAAGAAUUGAUUGUACAGUCAGCAGCAGAUAUACCUGAGCGGGCAAGGUGUCCAAGAAAACAUAUACACUUCAAUCGUCACAAAAAUAAGGACAUCUAAGAUGUCAUUUUCACGUAGGCUUUCAGUUCGUCACAAAUACCUUAACUUCUGAGUUUUUCUUUAACACAUACACCCUUAUUUAAUCACAAUGACAAUAACGGUUAAAAAGUCAGUGGUAACUAAGCAAUCAAAUUCAAGCUGCUGUCAUUAAUACCUACACGCACUGCCAAUCACGUACGUCAGCAGCCAGGGUGCCACCAGUUGCUAAGCAGUUGUUAUUUCAAUGGUAACUAAGCAUAAACAUUUUAUCUCUUUAACUUUAAAAUAAAUACUGUAGCACUACGAAUUGACACCUCCUUUCUUAAAGAAGUAUUUUAUCGUUAAGUGUCAAACUUAUACAAUAAAUAAGUAGGUUCUACUGGAAUGAUCGGUUUUUUUAUUUUAACUGUCAUAUGCAGCUGUUCUUCCAAACCGUUGAUCAUAUUAUAUACCUAUGUUAAUAUAUUUAUUUAGCCCACUUAGUUAUUGUAGUAAAAUAUACUAUACAGGGUAGCCCAUUUAGAUCGGCCAGUAUGGGAAAAUCUGAUACUAUACGAUAUACACCGAUCUCUUCUUAGGAAUCAUGUUAUCGAUUUUAGUAACACGAAAAACUGCAUUCAUACAUUAAAAAAAAUGUGUACUCAGCUCGGGAAUCGAACCCCGAACGUUUUGAAAAAUAAAACUAAGACUAUUUCUAUUUAGAUAUCGAUUGUGUAGGUCUUAAGCAAUAAAUGUUACUAUGAAACAUGAUGUCUGAAAUUAAUAAAAUGCAUUGUUGUUGUUUUCAUAUCGAAGAGACCAGCCAUUUUUAGGGUUCCGUACCCAAAGGGUAAAACGGGACCCUAUUACUAAGACUCUGCUGUUCGUCCGUCUGUCCAUCGACAUCCGUCCGUCCGUCCGUCUGUCACCAGGCUGUAUCUCAGGAACCGUGAUAGCUAGACAGUUCAAAUUUUCACAAAUGAUGUAUUUCUGUUGACGCUAUUAUAAGUAACAAGAAAUACUAAAAACAGAAUAAAAUAAAGAUUUAAGUGGGGCUCCCAUACAACAAACGUGAUUUUUGAGUAGUAAAUAUCAAAUGGCAUUCCGCACAGGAGUAAUCUAAGUAACGCCCACUGCGGGUUCAAACCUACAACGUCCUGAUAGAAAGUCGUACAUACGCUACAUGUGACAUUAUCUUCAAAAAUUAUAUAAACUAAUGCGAAAUUAACAUAAAACCAGAAGACACAAAUUAAUAAUAGAAAUAAAAUCUAAAAAAAAAAAAUCAAAAAGCUGUAAUCUCUAGGUGCGUGCGACUGAGAUUUGAACCCGCGGUCUCUGCUUUGAAAAGCAAACGCCUGUUACUGAGACCACGACGUGCCUUGACAAUUGGCUCUAAAUUCGGCUUCAGUUAGCUUUUGCUAUGUGUCAUUCGUCUUGACGAUUCUGUUAAAAGAAAUAGUUUGCAGUAAGUUGACCGAGAAGCUCCUGUCAAAUGGUUGAAGGGCAAAACGUGAGAUAGAUGUAUGUGAUGACAAGACUGUACUGCUUUCGAUGAUUGUCAAAACGCUUUACCUGAAAUUAGCAUGGCUAUCUUUUAUUCAAUAUUCGACCAUACUUGUAUGCUUUAAAGUCUAUUUUUCCAUAUUGUUCAGAUAUAUUUGACACGUUGACCGCUUAGAUACCAUUGGUUUUUUGACAGCUAAGGUAUCAAUGACUUGUUGUAAGUGUAGAAAUUAAUGAAUAGCGACUGUUAACAUAUUUGUGACACGUUGAGCGCUCACAAGUAAAUACUACCAUGACAGUCAACAACUUUUUGACAGUUUAAACGUUUACCUCUCUUUGAGCACCUGGAGUGUAUAGCGACUUCUGCUGCUGACUGUACGAGAUGUGUGAAGUCUUUAGAUGAAUAUUUCGACUUUGACAAUAGAUGGCGCUGCACGGCUGUAACUCGGCUGUCAAAAGUUGACGUUUGACAAUUCAGUUACCACAAAGCAUGGUGGUAAAGCCAUCUACUUCAGCCGUCGCGGGUUGUUAUUCUUAAUCUCUACAAUCAAUAACUUUGGUUUUGUCAAUAUUUAUACGUAAACAUGUGGAAUAUUGGCGAUUAUUAUGAAUUCCUUGGAUUAAAUGUAAACAAGUUAUUUUGAAUAUAAUUGUUCUAGAAUAACACUGCGGCACACGCUACGUACGUAUGCGAAUUUUAUUUUAACCUUUUCACAUUCUCCAAUAUCUAUAAAUGCCAGGUAUACCCCUACCUGAGGUCAAACCAUUGGGAUCGAUCGAGAUCGUCUAUACAAUAUUAUCGCUACUUAAACCACAGCGAUGUCUUUGAUUUACUUUGAAACUACGUUAGAAAUUACAGAUGUAGUGCAUAAUAAUUUUCCAUCGUACUUUCUCGGAAACGUUCGUAUUUGUCACGUUACUUCAGUCAACCUCAGUACUUUUUGUACCGAGACUGACUGAAAUAGCAAGACACGUUCGUACGUUUCCGUGAAAAUACGAUGGAAAAUAAUUAUGCACUACAUCUGUAAGCCUGAAAGUUAUUUUAUGGCUCCUCUACACGAUGGGCCAACGCCGGCCACUACAAGGGACGCAGCCAUGCGGUAGAAUGAGAUACCAAUAUCACUUGCUCCCAUAUCGCAUAUUUGCGUCCUAUGGAGUGGCCGGCGUUGGCCCAUCGUGUAGAGGAGCCAUUAACAACGUACGCCAACAUUUAACCUCCUGAGACUAAAUUUAAUGUACAUAAUCGUGCAAUUUAAUUUGAAUAUUUCAUGAACCAAAUAAAGUAGCAUUUCUUUUGUUGCGUUUUAAAACAAACGAAAUCCGUUCCAAUCUACGCUGGGUCUUACGAGGCCUUUAAAUUUCGUAAGUGAGGUCGUGCGCCGCAGGUGGCACAUUCAUCAGCCUUACAUGAGGGGGCGUACCGUGAACCACGUUCGACGAGCUGCCUCUCUGUCGCACUUGUAAGUUCGUACGUAAGUAUGACAGGGAGGCAACACGUAGGCCCCUGAUCUUGUUUACAUUUCGUCACAUUAUGUUAGUGAUCUCAUCCAUUUAUCCUGCCUCGCUCGACGUUUGCCUCGCCCGUCUAUAGCGAUACAGAGGGGCCGAGGCAAACGUCAGACGUUUGAAAUUGCCGCGAAUCGCUGAAUAAUUAACUUUUUCGUUGGUACAGUCGUCUACACUUCUAACUGGCCAAUUGUAAACCUUAUAUUGCAUUUAAACCCCGUUAUCAAUGUAUCAAUGCAUGGAAAAUCAGGAUUGGUAAGUACGUAGUUGAUGCUCAACUUCGCCCAUGUAAAAUGUUAAAACAAUAAUUUUACCAAGAAAUAAAUAUUCAAAUCAAUUCACGAUAAAAAGAGCUGUGGAAAUAUAUUUUAAAAGUAAAAAAAAAUACUAAAAUAACCUACUUUUUUCACCCGUCCCCAACUUCGCCUCAUCAUGUUUUCAUCAUUUAUGAAAAUUAUACUAAAACUUCCAGCUAAAUCUUGAAUACGCCCAUGGAUACAAUACAAAUAUACAAUUAAAAGUCGCCCAUGUAUACAAUACAAAUAUACAAUCGGACGACCGGUCUGGCCUAGUGGGUAGUGACCCUGCCUAUGAAGCCGAUGGUCCCGGGUUCGAAUCCUGGUAAGGGCAUUUAUUUGUAUUAUGAUAGAUAUUUGUUCCUGAGUCAUGGUUGUUUUCUAUGUAUUUAAGUAUUUAUAUACAUAUUGUAUAUCGUUGUCUGAGUACCCACAACACAAGAAGGCUUUCUUGAGCUUACCGUGGGGCUUAGUCAACUUGUGUAAAAAUGUCCUAUAAUAUUUAUUAUUUAUAAAAGUGAAAUUAUGAUUGAAUGCUAGUUAAGGCGAAGUCUACUAAAGGCGAAUCUAGGGAACGUAUUUUUGCCUAUCCUUAUUUUCAAUGCAACAUUGAUACCGAGGAUUGUAUUGUAGCACGGGCAGGUUUCGCAACUCUACGACUCGCGCCUAUUUUGAGCGAUUGUAAACUUUAUUGCAAGGUCACAAGGUACACAGAUGGUCAGUUAAGAGUAUUGCUGUUAUAGUUACGUCAAACUCUCGUUGCACGCGCAUUCGUAGUGUGCUCUCUGUGACACCUACCUGCGGCGGGCGGCGUCCUGUUUCAUUUUUAAUUGCUUCGCGUGCAGCGAGUAUUUAACGCAACUAUAGUACAUAUUACAUUUGAAGGCUGAUUGUUCGAUUUUAACCAUAGACAGAGCAGUAUAUUUGAAGGUGGUUUUGAAGCGAGCGAACUAGAUGACGCCAACGCCGUUUUUUUUUAUUCGGUAAAUGUUUAAAAACCGGGCAAGUGCGAGUUGGACUCGCGCACGAAGAGUUCCGUACCAUAAUGCAAAAAAAACAAACAAAAAAAAAGCAAAAAAAAAGCGGUCACCCAUCCAAGUACUGACCCCUCCCGACGUUGCUUAACUUUGGUCAAAAAUCACGUUUGUUGUAUGGGAGCCCCAUUUAAAUCAUUAUUUUAUUCUGUUUUUAGUAUUUGUUGUUAUAGCGGCAACAGAAAUACAUCAUCUGUGAAAAUUUCAACUGUCUAGCUAUCACGGUUCGUGAGAUACAGCCUGGUGACAGACGGACGGACGGACGGACGGACGGACAGCGAAGUCUUAGUAAUAGGGUCCCGUUUUACCCUUUGGGUACGGAACCCUAAAAGUGAGUUCUGGGUUGUCAAACGUUAGCCCUUGACAACCUAGUUACCGCAUAAUGUGUGGGACAGUAUAGCGCCAUUACUUGAGCUGUCAAUAGCUUAUUCAACUACUUUACACGUUUUAACUUUGUCUAAUUUUUUUUAUUGGUAACUGGAUUAUCGGAUGUUAAAGCAGAAUGUACAGCUCCAUCUAGUUCAACUUCCAAAACCAUUUCCACGAUUUUUAUUGUUUCUCUCUGUGUCUUAUUCUUCUGUCUAUAUUUUAACUGAUUGUUUAUAAAUUAUUAUGUACUUUUCUUCUAUAAUUCAAUGCAUUAUUUUAUUGAUUGUAUGUCGCCGAAUGAACAAUUGUUUCGAAUAGAAUGUUGGGGUUUGGGUUGUGUGAGCCUUUAGCACGAUUGUCGAAUUUUCUAAUGAAAUUAUAGUCUUGUUUAUUAAUAUGUGUGCAUAUAGGUUUAAAAAUAUUUAAACCCUGAUGCCUUGAGAAUGGAAUGUUCAAAUACAGUGAAACCUGGUUAAUUGGCACCUGGAUAAAUGGAAAACCUCAAUAAUUGCAACCAAAAGUCCGGUCCCGGUCCCUUGAGACCAAAAGGCCUCUAUAAUUGAAAUUUUGGAACCUCUAUAAUUGCAAUUUAGAUUUUAGUGCUUUUCGUAAUUUUGCCUCUAUAAUUGACCACAUCGCAACUUAAGACCUCUAUAAUUGACACUGUGCUAAAAAAUCAGUUAUUUUGGCUCUUGUUUUUACCUCUAUUAUUGAAACGAGUCUUACUUAUUACCUCUGUAAUUGAAAUAAUGUAGUUGUAGACAGCAGAAACAAUAUUUUAAUAGCAAUGAUCAUUUUAUUUAUAUCUCCAUCCAGAAUUUAAUUUAUUUAUUGCGUAUCUAUCACAGCCUGUAGUAGGUGAAAUAGUUUUUAUCAAUAAAAAACAAAGUAUGCUUUUUACAUUCUAAUAAAACUUUCUUCUACAAUUCAAGGGAAUUUUUUAAACUCAAAUGAUAAGAAAAUAUAGUGGUAAUUAAUGUAGUGUAAAAGUGCAAGUAUAGACAGAAGUAAUAUAGGUAUAGACCAGAAACCCAGAACGUAAGCGUGUAAAUAUACUUUAAAUGGUCAUUUGCGCCUCCAUAAAAGAAAUUUGUCAGAACGCUACCUCUAUUAAUGAAAACCUUUAUAAUUGACACAACGAUUUUUUGAACCUCGUUAAUUGACACGACCUGCUUAAAUGAAAAACCUGGUUAAUUGACAGAAACUGGCCGGUCCCUUGAGAUUGCAAUUAUCCAGGUUCCACUGUAUUUGGGACUACCUUAUGUCUAAAGCUAAAUAUCUUUAACAUGAGUUUGUCUCUUUCUUUCCUUUAGAGAGUGUGAGAGAGAUAAUACCGAUUGUGCCCCAAACAAAUAUUUCAAAUCAAUAAUGCACACGUAUUGAUAAAUUCGACUGUAUUUGCCUUGUCUCUACGCAAAAUGUUAAAAAAUGUACGAAAUUUGUGACGUGAGUUUUGGGCCGCCAUAUUUGUUUUUUUGUGAACUUUUUAUGAUAUUUGAGUGCUGUGCCAGCUGUGUGAUCGUCUGAGGAAGUAGACUUGAUAUAUUUGACAUGCUUCCACCAUAAGUGCUGCUAAAGUGACCACAUACCAUAGAUAACAGAAUAGGUGGUUUUUAUGGAAUUUUACCUGUAAAAAUCGAUUUGUAAUCUCGCCCGUGGACGCAAAAAUGAACUUUAAGGACAUGGCUCGCCGAUUUCACUACGAAGUUGUGUAAGUUUGGACGCUAAAUGAGAUUGAUGCCAUUUUUUUCUGAUCAAAGUUUCAGUUUCAUCAUCCCGUCUAGUCUGGACGGACCUUAAAAGAUUAGAACGCGCCAAUCAGAACGUAGGAAUACAAAUAUCGUUGUGUGCGUAGUUGAAACGCGCAUUUUAAAAGUGGAAACAUAUAGCCACAUAAAAACGGUCCAUUCUGUUAUCUGUAGCCAUAUACCCACUGAGCUGUUAGAUUGCAAUAAUAUUAAACUCCAGUUUUUGAAUAUUUAUUCAGUGCGGGAUUUAUUUACUUGCAAUUAGGAGAAUGUUUAUAAUAUUCCAUUGUAUUUUUGUUGCAGUGAUAUUAUGAAUGUUAUAAGAAUAAAUGGAUAUUUUAAUAAAAGUCAUUUCAAUAAAACAA